ACAGGUCCCACUUCCCUUUCCCCACGCAGAAACGCGCAGACCUAUUCGCUUGCUACCUCCCUUCCCCUACCCCCCAAUCGCCGCCGCCUCCUCGACUCUCGCCGCUCCCCUCCCGCCCACGACUUCGCCCAAUCGCCGCCCUCUUCUCGACUCUCGCCGCUUCCGCCGGCUCCAUCCAGCCCGCGAGUCGCCGCCGGCUUCGGGUCGCCCCGCUCCCCUCCAUGGCUGGGAGACACACCAUUAUUCUGAUGCAACCAUCCCAAAAUAGGGCUUCUAGGACAUUUAUGGAUUAUAAUUCAAUUAACCAUGCAUUGGAUGGAAUCUGUGGGCUUUAUGAAAGGAAAAUUAGGGAUAUCAACCCAAUGGCCCCCAUAACCUAUGAUAUCAGCGACCUUUAUAACUUCAUUGAUGGCCUAGCUGACAUAAGUGCACUAGUUUAUGAUCACUCGAUUCAGGCAUUUCUGCCAUAUGAUCGACAGUGGAUAAAGCAAAAGUUGCUCCAACACCUGAAGAAGCUGGCUCAGCGGUAGUGUGACUGUUUGUUUUGUCGGGUACCUUGUCACCAACAAGCAAGCAUGCGUGGUAAUGGGUGUCCAAUUAGUGUAUCGGGCAGUGUUUCUUGUAAAAUUAUGAAAUGUUACAUUACAGAUUGCACCCUUGUGCUGUGGAUGUUGGCGGCUUCCCUGUGGCACCCUAUAUAUCUUAUAAACUUGUCUGGUUGUUUUGAGUGCUGUGAA